AUGAAGAGCCCAUUCUUCGGAUGGAUGCUAUCCAUUAUCUUGCUCACCCCUUUUGCUGCGACAGAAGGCCCUCCCUCUAAUAGCAGCAUCAUCGUCGAUACGGCGCCCGAUUUUGUGCGUCCAUAUGUCCUUCCGAAAUACAAGGGUGAUGCCAUCAAACUUACCUCGUCCCAAACGAUCCGCUUCUCCAUCACCGCCAACUCGUCUGACGGUGCCUUUUCCCUGCUGCAACAUAACGGAAAAGCUUCAGGCUGGCUAUCAGCUCGGCCACACACUCAUGGCUUGACACAUGAGCAUCUCUACUGUACCCGUGGCCGUUGUCAGCUCUGGGGACAGAAAAAUGCCACCAAUUCCAGCCACGAGGCGCGCGUUGCUACACCAGGUGAUUACGGCAAUAUCCCCCCGGGCUCCAUCCACACAUUCCAGUUGGUCGAUCCUGACUCGCAACUUACGCAUGUCUUCCACCCUGGCGGUUUUGAGAAACUCUUCAAUGUCUUCAGCCAAGGUGACCACGACACCCGCGGUGUCAGCUCACCUUACGUUCCCAUUCUAGAUGAUCCUUCCCCCUUCGGACCGAUGACGCCUCAGGAAUACGACCGCCUCGUCUCCUUGGAUCUAUACGCAGCACCAGAGGAAGAGUAUGUCCCGAGGCGCGACUUUGUGAAUGGUACGGCUGGUGAAACCAAGCAGUCCUGGCAUGAUGGGCCCAACACCCCACCCGACGAUCCAACAACUCCAUACUUCGUUGCCAAAGAUUACGGGCCUAAGUAUCUCAACACUGACAUUGGGUACAAGGUUAUCCAGCCGCUCGCAACCCCCGCUCAAACAGAAGGGAACUUUACUAUGGGAACCAUUAUCAUGUCCAGUAAGCUGAGUAAUGAGCCCGUCUCAACGGCGAUAUUGCCGCAUCACUUUGCCCUCCAAAUGGAGGAGGGCCAGCUUGCUUUCCAGGUACAGGGUUAUGAGUUGGUGCAUUUAUUGCAUGGUGAUGUGGCGUUUGUCCCAGCCGGUAUGUCCUUUUCAUAUUAUGCCACGGUGCCCUAUACAAAGUUUAUGUAUAUGAAUGCAGGUGAUAAGGGAUUGGAGUACCAGUUACUGAGAAGGAGUGUUCGCUGGGAGUUUCCAGCAUAUCCCAUAUCUCCUGGGUUCAAGCCCAACAUUACUGGAAGCAAGCUUAACUAG